UUCAUCUGUGUGCAGAGACUGUCAACAAGCAUGGAGUUCACAAGGCGAUACCUGCCCAUGGAAUGGGAGGAGAGGUGGAGAAGAGAGAAAGAACGAAGAAAGAAGGUGAUGGAGGAAGGAGGGGAGAAGUUUGAGGAGGAGAAUAGGAGGUUGAAGUGGAUCAAGGCUUACAAUGACAGCAGAAUGGGGAUGAAAGAAAAGAAAGAGAUGGAGAACAUGAGGAAUGGGAGAACGAAAGGGGACGAAGAGAUGCUUGGGCGGAAUGAGCAACAGGAAACACAGACAUACAACAGAGAUACAUACCCAACUGAGGUCUUCCAAGCCCUGGAGGAACUGAGGCAGUGGUUCGUCCUCACCGACCUGACCCUGGGUGUUGAGAACGGGCUCAGCUUCCAGGCUCACUCUCUGGUCCUGGCUGCAGUGAGCACCGUCAUCCAGAAGAUGCUCCAAGAAAGAAAUGAAGAGAUGAAGUUUCUACGUUUUGGUCCAGAGGUGUCUGGGUUGGGACUGUCUGCAGUGCUGGAGUUUGCCUACACUGGAACCAUCGCAGGUCUGAACAGAGAAUCUUUGGCUCAGAUUCAGACGGCCGCUCUCUGUCUGGGGGUCCCCAGGGUUCUGGAGCUCUGCAAAGAUGAGGAGGAGAAGAAGAAGAGAGAGAGUGAUGGAAGCAAGAAGGUGGAAAAGAUAAAGAAGAUCUCUGCUGAAGAACAGAUGGAGGCCAGUCUACGGUCCAUCAGACAGCUCUGGGAGGAGGGAGUUGGCUGUGAUGUGGAGCUGGAGGCUGAAGGAAAAGUGUACCAUGUGCAUAAGGUCCUCCUGGCUGCGAGCAGCGACUACUUCCGUGCCAUGUUCAGCAGUGGCAUGAGGGAGAGCCAGCAGGCCUCAGUCACCCUGCUUUUGAUAGGGGCUCGUGAGUUGGAAGCCCUUCUUCACUGUAGCUACAGAGGGGAUGUGGUUCUCAACUGGGACUGCAUUUUUGAGCUCACUUGCAGCGCACUUCAGUUCCAGUUCCAACCUGCACUCUCGCUCUGCCUCAACUUCCUGGAGCAGCACAUCGAUGUCCACAGCUGCCUGGACGUAGUUGCUUUUGCCGAAGCUUACAUGAUAAGCGACUUGCUCGAGAUAGCCGAAGACUUUGUCCUUGUACACUUCCAGGAGGUUGCGGCCACUCCCAAGUUCCAGGACCUGCCAGCUGAGAAGCUGCUGGACUUCCUAAGACGAGACAGCUUGUGCGCUCCAUCUGAGCUGGCCGUCUUCAGGGCUGUGGUGACGUGGAUCGAGGCCGAGCCGGACGAGAGGUUGCCUCAAGCGCAUGACCUGAUGGCAGGAGUGCGCUUCCCGCUUAUGACCUUCCGCGAGUUCCGCGAGGUCCGAGCCAUCAACCUGCAGAUGGAAUGCAAUAGUGACAGUGAUGUAGAGCUGUAUGAGUCGGCGCUGACAGAGUUCGGAUUUGGAGGGUCCUGUUCCAAGGUGCGGGAUCGUGUACGCCACCCCAAAGAUGCCCUUGUUCUCGUUGGCGGUGACCAGCUAGACAAUGGCCUGCGGCUCCCAAGCAGGCAGCUGUGGUUCGCAAACUCCAUGCGCAGUGGCGUAGGGCUGGUGAAGGAGAUUGAGUGGAGGAUUCUGGGGGAAAUACCAGAGCAAGCCAGGUUCAGGCAUGGAGUGAGCGUCCUCAAUGGGAAGCUCUACGUGGCAGGAGGCUGCCACUACUAUGCCAAAGCGGACACAAUGAAAUCUGCUUACAGGUAUGAUCCUUUAAAAAACUCUUGGGAGAGACUGCCGGACAUGCAGGAGAAGAGGAGUAACUUUAUAAUGGUGGUGAGAGGAGACAGCCUAUACGCUAUUGGAGGAGACCGAGACAUCAACACCAAUCUGGACAGCGUGGAAAAGUACUCACCAGACACAGACACCUGGAGCUUCACGCACCCACUGGAUCAGCCCCUGAGUGGCCACGCAGCUGUCGUCUGGGACGGUGAGAUUUUCAUCUCGGGAGGUUUUAACUGCAAGUACCAGUGCCUGGUCUCCAUGUUGCUCUACCACCCAGAACAAGGCACCACUUACCUGGCUGACAUGGCCCACGACCGGGCCCUGCACUGCAUGGAGAACCUGGCCAACCGGUUCUAUGUGGCUGGAGGGGUGUGCAACCUGCGGAAGUUCUACACCGACCAGCUGCUCUGUGAAAGCUAUGAUCCUAUAACUGACUCCUGGACCAUGUUUACUCCUCUGCCCCUCUCCCAUGUGGGAGCAGCCUCUGCCGUCCUGGAGGAGAAGGUGUACAUUCUGGGUGGUUACUGCCAGGAAGAUUACAGUGAGGCCAGGCUGGUGCAUCGCUAUGACCCCGUCACUCAACGAUGGGAGAACAUGGGCAAGCUGGCAGGCCCUGUCACAGAUAUACGGGCCUGCUUGCUCCGCUUGCCUGCAUGUUUGAGAAAGUGAGAGGGGCAGAAAGCUCUGUUGAAAAUGCUGUUAAGGUAACGCUUAAGUUAAGAUACUUCUGGUACAAUCGCAGAUUAAAGUAACUGAAAGUUACAAAAAGCUCAAACAGAUUUUUCAAAUUUUCUGCAUAAUUCAGUAAUUUGGUAUGAAAUAGUUUGCUGUAGAGAAACUUAGGGACUCAGAUUUCUUUACAGUGGUGGUGAUAGGAACCAGGGGUCACAACAUCUUCAACACAAAUAAAGACAUUUUACAAGUGUCUUCUGAGCGCUAAUAUCUAAUAUUGAUGGUAAAAUAGUGGAAAUCUAUAAAAAAAUGUUUUUCUGCCUUAGAACACCCUGCAUUUCAGGCCAAAAGCUUCUCAAAACUAUCGUAAAACAAUGUCUGAGACGUCAUGCAGAACCAUUUCAUGUAAAAACUUUCUGUGAGGGAGAUUUUAGAGCCCUGAAACUCCUCAGACGUCCAGUUUCUAUCACUACCACUGUAAAGAGGUUCUCUAGACCCAAGCAUUUCACUCUGAAUGACUUACAUCUUCACUGUCUAAUAUGCAGAGGUGCUGAAAAAUCAGUGGAAUUUAAGGCACUGUGAGACGCACAUUAUCUUGAUAUUUAUUAUUUUUUUACAUGUUUACAUACAUCAAUUGAGUUCUCUUUGAAUGUGCUUUCAAUCAUUCGAUUCAUCCCCUCGGGGAAGGGGUCCCACGCUACAAAAUGUUCCUCCACACAUUUUGUGCAUUUACAUAUUUCCACCAGAGAGGUCUCCAAAUCCCCAAAACGUACAUAGUGCAGCUUGGAGCACAUGGAGCACCCUCACUGUGGAUCCCUCUUGAAGGGAAAAAAGUUCAAAUAUGCUUCCUCUUUACCUCAAAAUCAGGAACAGUGGGAAAACUGAAUGACAAAAAAACAGCAGGGUGUUGUAGUUGUUAAACUGAGAUGAUAUUUCAUGUUUUUUCUUUUCGGAUAACAACACAUUUGAUUUUGUUUGCUUUGUGUUAUAUGCUUUUGUUCAAUGUUUCUAUGCUGCUAAGAAACCAGUCUGAAUAAGUCAGUCUAAACUCCAUUUUAAAGUUUCUCUUAUUAUACUUUUAUUAUGUUGAAUGGUGAUCUAAUAAAAUGGAAACAUUAAUAUGCCAUCAUUAAAAAGAUCUAUUAUAAUACCACCAGAAUGUCUAUGAGAA